UGAUGAUCCAAUGAGGCAAUGGGCUAAGAACAAGACGGGCGGUGAUUGGACGGGGUCCUCGCUGCCACUGGCACGCCCAGCAGGUGAGUCUGUUUCACUCCAGGCUCCGGGUCGAGCUCUGCUUGUUCGCAGGCUGCUGCCAGGCAUGCUGCCUCGCAGUUGCACUGCGCCGUGCCUACCGUCCGUUCUCCGCAACGACUGAUCACCAAGAUGCAUGCUGGCCCUCGACUAGUUGACGACCUCAUACCCCACAUUCUCAACGCAUACGACCACUGGUGGCCGCGAGACUUCACCCGUUUGGCGUUGGUUUCUCCGGCGUGGCUCGAACACGUCAGGAAACAUCUUUACUUGCGCCCCACUCUCUACACAUCCACUGCAUGCGUAUCCUUCGCGCGGUCGAUUGGAGGAAACCCACACCUAGCCUUCCUAGUCCGAGGCAUCGAGCUUCGCCCGGCCGUCGACCGCCCCAUAGGCCGCGGAUGCUCGGCGGAGCUCAUGGCGAGCCUCCGACGCAUUUUGAGCCUCGGUGGGCUGCAGAAGGUCGCCCUCGGGGGCAGUUUGGCAGUCGCUGCGGAGAGGUUCCUGCAAUUCCUGAUCAGCCCGCAAACAGUGACUGAGCUCUGCGUUGACGGGAGCUAUACACAAGCCGAGCCAUGGGCAAGAACAUGCUCGCUGGAGUGGGACGACAUGAUGGCCUGCAGAUUCGUUCGCCUACAGUCGCUUAUCCUGUCCAACCUCGAGCUGACUGUCCUCUCGUGGUCCACGUCGUGCGGCCGUCUCACCAGCCUUACGGUGGACAACGUCGCUGUCGUUUCCGGGUCGAUGAUUGACCUCGUUCACGACUCGCUGGACACUUUGCGUUCCUUGCAAGUGUGUAUCCGCGACGUGUCAAACUCCAGGACGACGGAUCAGCUCGUCUGCAUAUUAAUGGCACGUUGCCCCAGGCUAGAAACCCUUUCCUACGAGCACCGUUCCUCUCACCUGGAUCAUGUGUUCUGGAGAGAGGCGCCUCCCAGGAACCCGGCUAUUCACAAACUUCGCCUGUCGGGCCUUUACAUGGGCGGUCCAAUGCUCGUGCACAUAGCCGAGUCCUGUAGGAAUCUGCAAGUGCUGGAAGUGGUCGGUCGUGAUGUCUGUGUUGUCCCUGCGAGUUGGACAGACCUUGUCACGUCCGACAUUCUUUCUGCUCUUCGACAGCUACUCAUCUCGCCGCCCAUGUCGUUCCCACCGAACCCUGAGACGAAGGAUUUAUACCGUCCACUAUUUACGGCUUGCGGCGAGCGCAACAUUGUCCUGUCUUUUCAGCCAUGCUCAUUUUGAUGGUUCAACACUUGCUCGGAUGCGAAGCUACCGUGUUCGUGUGCCCACUGUAUCGGUCCGUACAUCUUGUAUACACCUCCCUGUACCCACCUGCACCUCAAUGCCUGACUUGUUGUCGGGCGUAGGCUCGCUUCAGCAGGUCUUCUAGCGUCGACUUAGGCGCCGAUACUUUCUGUUACUUAACUUCUGAUACACUCCCUGUAACACUCAGGGCGUUUUCCCCGCGAUUUUCUCGUGUGAUAUAAACAUAUAUGUUGUGCGUUGCCAGCCAUGA